AACCUAAAAUUUUUAGCGGCAAAAAUGCGGUGCUUUUUUGUUCUGAAAAAAGGUAAUUAAUUAUUUGCCCACUCUCCACUCUCUCCCAUUCUCCUCCUUCUUCACACUCUCCGUUCCAUAUCCGCAAACAAUUUCUCCUCUCCGAAUUUCCACUUCCAUAGGGUUUUCGAAUUUGGUGGUGUUGGAGUUGGGUAUUGGAGGUGUUGACCCAAAUUAUUCUUUUCUCUCAACCCAUUUUUAAAGUGGCUCAGCCUUAGGUGAAGAGGAAAUAGUAAAUUUUCAAAGUCCAAUAGCUUGUCUUAGUGUCAUGAUACCAUGGGAAUGAAGAAGAAACUAAGAGAUAUUGUUGCCAAAAGAUGUAUUGAUUUUGAUCCAAAGGCACCACGAAAGAGACGUUCCAAGCGCUUAAAAUCUCUUUCAAUAGACCUAGCAACUACUGAGAAUGGCAACGACGGAGAAAUGAAUGAGAGGGAAGGAGAUAACAUCGGAAAUAAGUUGUUUGUUGACCAAUCUCAAGAUUCUUUGCCAGUAGUAGGAAAUAAGCCACCUAAUAUUAGAGACAGUCUUGAUAGUACACACAUAACUCCUAGAUCACCUUUACCAUCGGAUUCCCUAGCAUCUCUUGCCCUUUUGAAGUUAGCUUCUAAGGGACAAGUUUCACCAAUUUUAGAUAGAUCACAAAAUGUAGUAGAACUUAUCAAUGUUUUUGAGCCAACUAUGCAACAACUCCCUAAGAAACGUAGAGGCCCUACAAAAAUUGAACCCAUUGCAAUUGAGGAAUGCAAUAAAGUGGGUAUAACCUUCGACCAGUUUGGACAACCAAUUGAGGAGGAUUCAAUUGGGUUGUCUUCAUUUUUAGGUCCACUCGUGAGAGAGGUAGUGCCUGUGACUUUAAGCGAUUGGAGAAAAUUGUCUACAAGAUCCAAAGAAAUUUUAUGGACAUCAAUUCAAUUAAGAUAUAAUGUGAAAGAAGAUUGGCAAAGAAAAUGUAUUUUUCAAAAGAUGGGUAGAUUGUGGAGAGCAGAAAAAUCACGAAUUUUGUCACAAAUUCAAUCAACUUCCACUAAUGAAGAGCUUGUUAAAAUGAAGCCAUCCAAUAUACAAUCUAUGUACGAUUGGAUGGAGUUUGUGAAAGAAAAGAAGAGCACAAGGUUAAAGGCUAAAAGUGAAAAGUUCAAAUCUAUGAAGGAGAUGCAACUUCCAAGUACACGUUGUAAGAGUUAUACUCGAUUGGCAGAAGAAAUGAAAAAAAGCUGUUUAGAUUCAUCACCAGUGAGAAGGGUUGCAUUACGGGAAAAAGCACACAGGAAAGAAGAUGGAAAUCAUGUUAACUCACAAGUUGCAAAAACAUUGGCAAUGCAGAAUAAAUUAAGUGAUAAUAUGGCCAAAAGAUGUAUUGAUUUUGAUCCAAAGGCACCACGAAGGAGACGCUCCAAGCGCUUAAAAUCUUUUUCAGUAGACCUAGCAACUACUGAGGAUGGCAACGAUGGAGAAAUAAAUGCGAUGGAAGGAGAUAACAUCACAAAUAAGUUGUUUGUCGACCAAUCUCAAGAUUCUUUGCCAGUAGCUGGAAAUGAGCGACCUAAUAUUGUAGACAAUCUUGAUAGUACACACACCACUCCAAAAUCACCGUUACCAUCAGAUUCGCUAGCAUCUCUUGCCCUUUUGAAGUUAGCUUCUAGGGGACAAGUUUCACCAAUUUUAGAUAGAUCACAAAAUGUAGGAGAGCGUAUUAAUGUUUCCGAACCAACCAUGCAACAACUCCCCAAGAAACAUAGAGGCCCUACAAAAAUGAAACCCAUUGCAAUUGAGGAGUGCAAUAAAGUGGAUAUAACCUUCGACCAGUUUGGACAACCAAUUGGGGAGGCUUCAAUUGGGUUGUCUUCAUUUUUAGGUGCACUCGUGAGAGAGAUAGUGCCUGUGACUUUAAGCGAUUGGAGAAAAUUGUCAACAAGAUCCAAAGAAAUUUUAUGGACAUCAAUUCAAUUAAGAUAUAAUGUGAAAGAAGAUUGGCAAAGAAAAUGUAUUUUUCGAAAGAUGGGUAGAUUAUGGAGAGCAGGAAAAUCACGAAUUGUGUCACAAAUUCAAUCAACUUCCACUAACGAAGAACUUGUUAAAAUGAAGCCAUCUAAUAUACAAUCUAUGCAUGAUUGGAUGGACUUUGUGAAAGAAAAGAAGAGUGCAACGUUCAAGGCUAAAAGUGAAAAGUUCAAAUCAAUGAAGAAGAUGCAACUUCCACACACAUGUAGUCGUAAGGGUUAUGCUCGAUUGACAGAAGAAAUGAGAAAAAGUUGUUUGGAUUCAUCAUCAGUGACAAGGAUUGCAUUGCUGGCAAAAGCACAUAGGAAGAAAGAUGAAAAUCCUGUGAACUCACAAGUGGCAGAAACAUUGGGAAUGGAGAAGAAACUAAGUGAUACAGUUGCCAAAAGAUGUAUUGAUUUUGAUCCAAAGGCACUACAAAAGAGACGUUCUAAACGCUUGAAAUCUCUUUCAAUAGGUCCAACAACUACUGAGGAUGACAAUGAUGAAAAAAUGAAUGAGGAAGGAGAUAACAUCACAAACAAGUUCUUUGUUGACCAAUCUCAAGAUUCCAUGCCAGUAGCUGGAAAUAAGGCAUCUAAUAUUGGAGACGAUCAUGACAGUACACACACAAUUCCAAGUUCACCUUUACCAUUAGAUAAUGACAGUACAGACAGGACUCCAAGUUCACCUUUACCAUUUGAUAGUGACAGUACACACACAACUCCAAGUUCACCUUUCUCAUUAGAUAGAUCGCAAAAUUCAGGAGAACAUAUCAAUGUUUCUGAACAAACUAUGGAACAGCUCCCCAACAAUUGUAGAGGUCCUACUAAAAUGAGAACCAAUGCAAUUGAAGAGUGCAAUAAAGUGGAUAUAAUCUUCAACGAGUUUGGACAACCAAUUGGGGAGGCUUCAAUUGGAUUGUCUUCAUUUCUAGGUCUACUCGUGAGAGAGGUAGUGCCUGUGACUUUAAACGAUUGGAGAAAAUUGUCAACAAGAUCCAAGGAAAUUUUAUGGAAAUCAGUUCAAUUAAGAUAUAAUAUGAGAGAAGAUUGGCAAAGAAAAUAUAUCUUUCAAAAGAUGGGUAGAUUGUGGAGAGCAGGAAAAUCACGAAUUGUGUCACAAAUUCAAUCGACUUCCACUAGUGAAGAGCUUGUUAAAAUGAAGCCAUCCAAUAUAAAAUCUAUGCACGAUUGGAUGGACUUUGUGAAAGAAAAGAACAGCGCAUUGUUCAAGGCUAAAAGUGAAAAGUUCAAAUCAAUGAAGAAGAAGCAACUUCCACAUACAUGUAGUCGCAAGGGUUAUGCUCGAUUGGAAGAAGAAAUGAAAAAAAGUUCUCCAGAUUCAUCAGCGGUGACUAGGGUUGCGGUAUGGGCAAAAGCACAUAGGAAAAAAGACGGAAAUCCUGUCAACUCACAAGUUGCAGAAGCAUUGGAGCGUAUUGAACAAAUUGACAAUGAAGGGAUAAACACUAUCUCAAAUAAUGCUGUCAACGAAACAAUAAGUAAAGUUCUUGGUUCUGAUCGAAGUCAUAUUGGAGCACUUGGAUUUGGAGCCACCAUAAAAAAGUUUUCUUUAUUGUCUCAACUAGAUAGCCAUUAUGCCGAACUUGAAGAAACAAAUGACAAUAAAGGAAUAAUGACUGGUUCAGAUAAUGUGAUCAAUGAUGCUAUAAGCAAAGUUCUUGGUCCUAAUCAGGGUGGAGCACUUGGAUUUGGAGUCAUCGUCAAAAAGUUUUCUCAACGAGAACAUUAUACCAAACUGGAAGAAAAGUAUAAGAAGAUGGAAAGAGAAAUGUCUGAAAUGAGAUCUUUAAUGUCUCAACUUCUAAAAUCUCAAGGUAAUGGAAGUGAGCACCUUUCUAAUGCUACAAAUGAACAAAUUGUCAACAAUGUUGCUAUUGACCCUAUUGGAUCUUCACCUUUGAGUAUUAAUGACAACAAUGCUCUUCGCAAGUGCAAAAUGUUAGAUUGGUGUGGUACAGGAGAGGUAGUUGCUGAAGGUCGAUGGUCUUCAAAUGACCCUAAAGUCAUUGUUCAUCAUGUUCCCCUCGGUCCACAAGCCGUAAGAGUGUGGGUGGACUUGCCAAAGAGGCCGGAUGCAUUUUUAUGGAGACCUAACUCAGAAAUGACAUACGUCAAGGAUGCUGUUGGUAGUACAAUAGCAUGGCCUUUUGACAAAGUUAUUAUAAGUUGAUAAAAGAUUACUUUACUACCAAAAAAUUUCAUCGUCACAAGCUUAGUAUUCAAUUUUUUGUAAAAACAAAUUUUGUAACGAAUAGAUGGUAUGUUAGAUCAGCUUUAUGUUAAAUUGAUAUUACUACCUAUCUCUUAUUGUGGGGCAAUAUGGAACUUUUGGGAAUAGUUGUACACAUAAACAUGCAUUUUAAUUAUAUGACCUAAUUUUUAUGGAUAAUUAUUUAUUGUU